GAAAACGACCUUGUCUCUCUUUGAUUUGUCAAGGCCGUUAGCUACUAAACGUUCAUGAUUAACGUUAAUGUAGGUGUUUUAGGCCAUGUCGAUUCCGGAAAGACGAGCUUAGCGAAAGUUUUAAGUACUGUGGCGAGUACCAGUGCAUUUGACAAAAAUCCGCAAAGCAAAAAGCGGGGAAUUACUUUAGAUCUUGGUUUUUCAUCGUUUGCUGUUGAUUCAGCGAGCUAUCCGUUUGUGUCAUCUAUUCGUGAAAGUUUUGAAAAAGUUCAGUUUACGUUGGUUGAUUGUCCCGGGCAUGGAUCACUAAUUAGAACAGUUCUGUGCGGAUCUCAGAUAAUCGAUGUUAUUCUUCUUGUUGUGGAUGUUACUAAGGGAUUCCAGACUCAAACAGCUGAAUGUUUAGUGAUUGGUGAAAUUGCCUGCGAGAAAAUGUUAGUAGUACUGAACAAAUGUGAUUUAUUAGAAGAAAGCCAGAGAUCUGAAUCCAUUCAGAAGGUAGUUUUACUUACUGUAGUAAUUCUAUCUAAAGAUGAGAAAAAGAAUACUGAAGACAUUAGAAGGGACAAUUUUUAAAGAUUCAGAAAUCGCAGAAAUUUCAGCUGCUCCAGGGGGUGUUCAGGUGGAAUUUACUCCUGAACGUCCAUAUCAUUCUCAAGAGGUAGAAAAUCUAAUCACUUUACUAGCACGAUCCAUUCCUGAUCCUACAGAGAAAAGGAAUAAAUUAAAAGAUAUGAGUUUUGUUUUUGCUGUUGAUCAUUGUUUCACAAUUACUGGACAAGGUACUAUUCUUACGGGAACUGUUCUAUCCGGAACUACAAGUGUUGGUCAGACAAUUGGUCUACCGUUACAACGAAUUCAAAAGAAGAUUAAAUCUAUCCAACGCUUUCGUCAACCAAUUCAAUCUAUUGGACCAGGUGAUCGUGCUGGUAUAUGCGUUCCACAAUUGGAUCCAAGUUUAUUAGAACGUGGUCUUGUCGGUGAUUUAUCAUCAGAUGACAAUUUGACCUUAUGUCAUGGAUGUAUAUUAUCUUGUGUUGAAAAAGUUCGUUAUUAUAAAAAUCCAGUGAAAAGCAAAUCUCGUUUACAUAUUUUUGUUGGUCAAGAAACUGUCCUAGCUAAUUUAACAUUCUUUAAUAAAAUGUCAUCUGCAGAAGAAGACAACUGCCUUACAAAUGGUACUAAAGAACUAUGCACUUUUGAUAGAACAGCAAAAUAUCAAUAUAUUGAUGAAUUUUCUAGUGAUACAAAAGGUGAUAUUUACUUGUUAUUGGAAUUUGAACAUCCUGUUGUUUGUCCAAUGAAUGGUUUAGUUAUUGGCGCUAAAUUGGAUACCUACUCGGUGACUAGUUGUCGUUUAGCACUACACGGUCGUGUAGCAGUACAAUUAACAGAUUCAAAUUAUAAAUUAAAUAUUCUGAGUAAAUUACUUAUAUGUAAAUCUAAAACACGUCGUGGUCAAAUCGAGCGAGUUGUCAAUCCCCGGGCGUGUAUUGUUCACGGUUUAUUUAAACGUGAAACCAAUUGGGAGAUAUUUGUUGGUUUACGCGCUUAUGUGAAUAUUAAAUCUGCUGAAAAAUGUCGUAUAAUAAAUGGUUAUAUUGAAUCAAGUUUUGGUCAAAGUGGGAAGUGUCGUCUAGCAUUAGAUGAUGAUCUUCCUGAAGAUGUUUUGGCUAUGUAUUCAACAAAAUCUGGAAGGAAAGCAUCCACUGAAAUUGAAACAGAAGUUGUACUUGAAUUUAAAAAGAACAUAUUCGAUCCACAACGUCGUCUUAUACAGUAGUAGUAUUAAAAUGUCUCUCUCU